UGGCCCCGCUACCAAACUUCGCUGGAACUACAGGUCCCAGAAGCCUUUUCGCCACGGUCAUUGACCCCUGACCUCAGGAACGGAAGCUGUUUGUUGCCUGGCAACAGAAACUUUUGGAGCUGAAGCAGCUGAGGGGCAGCGACGUAGACAUGUGCGAGGGUCCGUCCCGCAUCUCUGGGCCCAUCCCUCCAGAUCCCACGCUAUGCCCUGACUACUACCGGCGGCCAGCCUCGGCCCUGGGGCGCCUUGAGGGAAAUGCGCUGAAGCUGGACCUACUGACCUGGGAUCGAGACCUCGACGUCACACCUCUGCGUGGCCCACACGUGAGGCCGGGAGCCGGAGACCUCGUGGAGCGUAGGCGGAGCGGCGCGGGGGACGUGCUGCUGCAACUAGAGGGCAUCUCCCUUGGUUCAGGGGCCCCUCCCAAGAGGAAGGACCCAAAAGACCACGAAAAAGAAAACCUGAGACGGAUCAGGGAGAUCCAGAGGCGCUUCAGAGAGCAGGAGCACAGCCGGGAGCAAGGCCAACCCAGGCCACUGAAGGCACUGUGGCGCUCGCCCAAGUAUGACAAGGUGGAGUCCCGAGUCAAGGCCCAGCUGCAGGAGCCUGGCCCUGCCUCUAUGACAAAGUCUGCCCACUUCCUGCGGGCACACUCCCGCUGUGGCCCUGGGCUCCCACCACCCCGUGGCCCCAGUCCCCAGCUUACACCAUCAAGUCCUAAAGCCAAGGGGCCAUGCCUGGGUGUGGACUUCAUUAGUCACAAUGCCCAAGCUGCCAAGAGGGCCCCCCGGCGCCAUUCCCGCUCACUGCAGAUCCUGGCCCAGGUGCUCGAGCGGCAGCGGGAAGCCCAGGAACACUACAACACAACGCAGAAGGGCCAUGUUCCCCAUUAUUUGUUGGAACGCAAAGAUCUAUGGCGGCGGGAGGCUGAGGCCCGGCAGCAGAGCCAGCCAGACCCUACCAUGCCCCCGGGCCACACUCGCAUGCCUGAGAAGCAGCGCCUAGAGACACUGAACAAUCUGCUGCAGACCCAGACCCAGCUGCUGCGUGAGCUGGUACUACUGCCUGCUGGAGCAGAUUCACUGAGAGCCCAGGGCCACCGUGCUGAGCUGGACCGGAAGCUGGUGCAGGUGGAAGAAGCCAUCAAGAUCUUUUCCAGACCCAAAGUGUUUGUAAAGAUGGAUGCCUGAGCCCCUUUGUAAGGGCUGGGCAGGGAGUUCCAUGCUGAGGACUGCCACACAGCUGCAAAGAGCAGGGUCAGGCCCGAUCACAGAGCAAAGGUAUGAAGACAGCAGCAGUGGGGUACACAGUAUCCCCAGAGAAUACUUCCCAGUCACCAGUGCCCAGUCACCACAGAACCAUCCCAAUCUUUUAAUCCUUUGUCAAAAUUAAAGUUUUUGUACAGACUGGCAUUUGUUUCCAUAUGUCGGGCGCAGGCCCUCAACACACCCUGCCCGGGAUGAUAAGACCACGUCAGCUUCCGCAAGGCGUUACCUCCCUCUCUAAACUAGCCACCCCGUGCGCACCUCCUGCUCACUCCGUAUUCGCCCCGUGCUGACUCUGUGGCAACCCCUGAUUGGCCACAGCUGGAUAUAUUAGCCAGAGCCUGCGUCCCAUUCCCGCCCUGCUUCCUCGUGGCAGCCUGUGAUUGGUCACGGCCAAAUAUAUAAACCAGAGCCCGCAUAAAUAAAGCGGCAGUUCCUGUUACCCACAA